ACCAAUCGUGCUGCAGUUUUGUUUGUAGAAGCGUGAGAAGCGGAAGGUGGAAAGACGAGUUUUGUGACGUUUAACUUCUACUAAACAAUACUUUUUUUUUUAACGUGAUGAUGAAGAUAUUUACCAUUAUUUUAAUUAUAUUCUAUGGUACGGAAUGUGCUAAAAAAGACUCCAAAAAAUGGCAAAGGGCCAUUGAUGAGUGGACAAAUGUUGUUCUAACCAUCACAGCAAUGGACAACACAGAUCAUGAAUUCUUCAAUAGCACCCUUGACAACAUACUUCAACCAAGAGUGCCGGGAACCAUAGGAAAUGAACGAGUCAGGAAGUUCAUCACCAAUAUGAUGAAGGAUUUGGAAUGGGAUGUGCAACAUGAUUCUUUUGACAGCAAUACACCUAAUGGAAUUCGUACCUUCACCAAUAUUGUUGCCACACUAAAUCCUAAUUCUUGUAGGAGAUUGGUCCUGGCUUGCCAUUAUGAUUCUAAAGAUAUACCAGGAUUUGUAGGUGCCAUAGAUUCUGCAGUACCAUGUUCCAUCAUUAUAUAUUUGGCAUGGGCGUUGAAUGAUCAGUUGAAGUAUUUUAAUCAGAAUGAUGGAUUAACCAUUCAAUUAAUCUUCUUUGAUGGAGAAGAGGCCUUCAAGAAGUGGAGAGAAAAUGAUAGUCUGUACGGUUCCCGACAUUUGGCAGGAAAAUGGUCCUUACAAACUGACACCAGAGCAUGCCCUGAUCAACAAACAGAAAUUAAGAAGAUUGAUUUAUUUAUUUUAUUGGAUCUAAUUGGCUCAAAACAGAUGGAAUUUUGCAGCAUGUUUUGGAACACACACAAUAUUUAUCUGCAAUUAGUUUCCAUUGAAAAGCAAUUAAACCAACUAAAUGUUUUAGAGAAAGAUGAUCCAAAUGAGUAUACAAAAUAUUUUGGAAAGGAGUGCUUUCUAAGUGUAAUACAAGAUGACCAUUUGCCUUUUCUUCAAAAAGGUGUUCCAGUGUUGCAUCUCAUUCCACCUAAUUUCCCUCUGGUUUGGCACAAGACUUCCGACGACAGAAGUCACCUUCACCACCAAACCAUCAGCAAUUUAAACAAAAUUCUGAAAUUGUUUAUCUUUAAUUACUUACUGAAAAAUGAAGAUGCAUCUUAGUAUUAAGACUUACCAAUUUAAAUGAAUGAAAUAGAAAAAGAAAAUCUUUUAAGAGAUUCUUCUACUAAAAAUAUGAUGAUAAAUGAAUAUAGACCAUAUAAAACUAAGUAAUUAUAAUACUUAUUAUAUUGUUCACAAGCCCUGAAUCUAUAACAUAAAUUUGUGGUUCUUCCAAGCAGAAAUUGGUUUUAUGGCAUUACAUAUAGUACAUUUUGACAAUUUCCAUAUCCACUCUGUACACAUGCAUAAAACCUUAAAUAGGUUUCACGUGGCCGUACUUAUAAAGAAGCUGGCAUAUUAUUCUGAUAUACUGUGAUAUAAAAUUAGAUUAAUUAUCAAUUAGAUUAAUAUGAAAGCUCACUAGUUACGUUGUACAUGCAAAAUGUACUUAUGGUACAUUAAAAUCAAAUGAUUGAGGUCACAAUAGACAGUAUAUAAUUUAAGUAUGGAAUUUAAGUAAACAUAUAAUAAAUAUUAGUGAGAUUUUUCAUGUAACUUUUAAUAAUAAAAAGAAUGAGUACUGAUGCAUUGUUAAGGUAUAUGAUGAUGUUAUUUUAGAAUCUUUGUAAUGAGGUAUUAAACGAGAAUGUUCUACAGUUUCCUCCAAGUAAUAAAAUCUGACAUCAUACUUUUAGUAUUCUAGUUCAAUUUUAUUGCAAGUUAAGCAUAAGAUUCUCAUUACAUAUAUGAAAAUAAUGGGUUUAACACUAUAAUCAUUGUCAAACUUAUAUGUAAGAAUAAAUCCUAUAAUUAUCUUAUGGAGUAUCUAGUUAUGUAGAUCAUUAUAUAGAUAUAUAUAGGAAUAUCUUUAUAUAGAUAUUUACAAUUGUAGAAGGAAGUUAUCAGAUAUUGUGUAAAAGCAUUGCUUUAAUUUUUAAAAAAGCUGGAACUAGAAGAGCAAAGAUUCUAUGUAAAAGUGAAGUAUAUAGAAUUUGUAUUAAUAUGCCACGAGUAUGCAUGAGAACUAUAGAAAGAAAAUUGAGAAAAUUUUACAGUGCAGACUAGACAUUCAAGCGCAAUGGUGCACCCAGAGGAUUCCCUGGUAGAAGGAAAAGAAAUGCUAGUAAAUUUUCCAAAAAUAUUUUUGUAAUUAAGAUUCUUUUUAUUUAUUUUGUUGUGUGUUCUAUUUCAAUAUUACUUAUGAAUUAGCAGUCACAUAAAGUGAAAAUUUUAUUGAUUUUGCAUUAAAAAUUCUUUUAUUCAUUUAACCUGGCUCCCCAAGAUUAAAUCUUGAGUACACCACUGUUCAAGAGGAAGGAUUAACAGCAAACUUGAAGAGUGCUCAGAAUAAAGAUAUAACCUAGAGAAAGCCAGAGAUAAUGUUAAAAUAACUGGAUUUAUGCAAGAAUAUGUAACAAAGUUUUAUAAUUACCACUUUAGAUUUUCUUCCAAUCCUUAUACAAAGUUUAUAAAUCAUUUUUAUAUUCUCUAAUAAUAUCCUUCAGUUAGUAUGUGUAUAAAUUUGUUCAGUAGAGUCUCAGUUUAUGCAGUAUUCAUACUUUUGCAUAUGAUGAAUAGAUGGGUUAAUCCAUAGAUUUACACUUGUGUACAUCUGAUUAAUAAAGCUAUUAAUCCUAUUCUUAAAUUAGCCAACCGGGCUGCUCUUCUGAGCACAGAAGAAAUGAAUGCUAAUCACUAAUGUAAUUACCCUGGUUUGCAUGUACUUAAUACAGUAUAAUUACUAUGAUUGUUAUAUGCAGUUAUGUAGCAAUCAAUCAAUUUAAGCUAAACUUCUGUCUAAUUUGUGAUAUAUCCUUCUGAUGUAUCCAUUCCAUUUUCUUGAUGAACAGAGACUAAGAAUAAACAGAAAAUUACAUGCAUUUUCUUAAAAUCAAAUGUAUUAAUCUGUUCAACUUUGAGUUUCAGAUAAAGCAAAUCGAUUUAUAAAUAUUUACAUUAAAUAAAACUUUAACUGUUGAGUAAUACUUAAUGAUAGAAAACUAAAGUGUGUCUUUACCUUUAGCGUUAGAAUUUCAAGGAUUUAAUGUAAUACUAUAAAAUGUACUAAAACUGUUGGUGUAAUUCUGUAAAAUCUAUAAAUAAACAUUUUUAAAAUAAUAAAAGUCAUUGAAAGCAUAUAGUUUACAUAAAUUUAAAUAAAAUACCAUUUACUCUAUAGAUUACACUAGAUUGUAGAUUGUAUGGGAGAGAAGUCACCCAACACCAAACCCAAAAGGUCCAAUGUGCCAAGAUCAACUGAAAGCCAAGAUGCAAGGAAUAAUAUAUCCGAUACCCUACAGGGACAUAGAGUCAGAGUAAUUU